GUGGGAGGCUUUGUCAUGAUAAUCAGGGGAAUUAAAUCGCCCGCAAUUUAAAUAUCGACGGGCUGUUUGGUGGGAAACGAGCGUUUGAGAAAGGAGAUUCAUAUUCCACUGAGGACAAAAAUGAAGUGCUUAGUAUUCCUCGCUUCUCUGAUUAUUUUCUCUGCAGCAGCGGACCCGAUAGUAAAUGCCCCGGAUGUAGGCCAGCCAGGUAAGUGAACUAAGACACUUCCAUAAAAUGAACAGCGAAAUAUGAAGGUUUUACCCGAAAAUAGUGAAGCCACUAAGACCCGAAGCAGCAAGUAAUAUGGAAACUAACCACAGAGACGUUUUAAAUGAAAGCUUCGUAGUUUCGUGAUCAAAAAUUUGAUGCAAACGCAUGAACUUGCCAGGGCUGUAACUCUCCUGUUUUAGAGAAAAACAUUUUAAGGACUCUGCAUGCGUGUUAUACUGUAAAGGUAUUAUAACAACGCCUUAAGAUAUUGUAAUUGUCUCCUGGUGUAAAGAAGCUUUUGAAGAGAUAUAGCUCUACAUAAAGUUAACGUCGGGUAGCAUCCCUGUAUCUUGCAGUAAAAGGUUUGUCACAGAUGCAUUAAAAAUGCAACACGUUCUUGACAGCCAGGCUGGGGCUGAACCGCAGCAACAAAUAUUUUUGUUUUCAAGGUUUAGAUCUUUUUUUCAAGAUGUCCAUCAACUUAUUAUCUUGCCCUAUGCGUUUUAACAUAUAUAUUUUAGUAAAAGUAUGGCAAUUUGACGUUAUUAAUUCAGAGUAUCACUCUCGAUAAAACCGAGAAUAAGUAACAACAAAGUAAUUUCUUUGUUUGAUUUUGUUUGAUACCCAUCUUUUAGGAUAUGUAUUAAAGACUUGGAACUGAAAACAACAAGAACAAAAUUUUCUUUGCCUUAAAUAAAAAUACCAAGCCUUCAUGGUUUUCUCAUUUAGGAAAUAAAUUUUGAGACUUAAAUGGGAUUUAAAAUAAUUCGUUUAAUUUUUCGCGGCAACGUUGACUGUUUUGCGGCAUGUUUAAAUUACAUUGCGGUACUAAGAGUCUAAAUAGACGUAACGCGUUGAAGCAUUUUAUUUACAUGACCGGCCGACCAAACACCUUGAUAUUAGAAUUUCCAUUCACCGCUAAAAAAAUCACUAGGAUUAUAGAUUCGCCGGAUUGAGGGCGGUCGCAUGGCAGCUUAUUUUGUCAAUUUUGCGCGACUUCGUACCUGAUUGUCGACUUACGCAGCGGUUGCGGAAAAAUCGUCACUCUCAAAAAUAAUUUAGUAUAAUUAAGUUAAAACUUAAAGAAAUCCCUUCUUUGUUUCACACGAAGAAAAAAAGUGGAGUAAAAGAGUUUUCAACUGGAGGUAGGUUCCUACUCAAUGCAUGAAGUCGCCCGAAGUGGUAAUCCGGGUUCCUGAAUCCAGGAAAAUCCAGAAUCUGUAAUUCAGCUCAAAGGUAUCCAAAAUCCAGCUAAUGAUUGGAAUUUGGAAUGCAAGUUCCAAUGAUAAGGAAUCAGGAAUCCAGAGAUCAAUUUAAUAAAACUUUUACAAGUGUAUUUACAAGUGUAGCAGUUAUUUUAGAGUCAGAAAACAAUAGCUACAAUCCUGGUCUGAACGUUUGCGACACUUAGUCAUUUACACAUGAUCCGUGGAUUUUCCAUUAAUCCCCCUCCACCCCUGAACAGUGUUGGGUGUUACAGGCCAAAAAAACUUUGAAAAAUAUUUUAAAGUGUACGAACUUUAACUUUGUUCAGGGGGGGAGACCUAAGCAUAGCCGUAUUGACAAUCAUAAAUUGACAGUCACUCUCCAAUUUCUUACCAAAAAGGGGAGGGGUAAGAGAAGUGCCCCUAACCCUUGUGGCCAGGAUUGUACACUUGUAUUGUAAAAGUUCCAGUCCGUGGAAUCCGGAAUCGUCAGCGUGGAAUCCAGAAUCCAAGACUGUUUUCUGACGUUAACUGUUUUCACCACAUAUGGGGCGAAAGAAGACACUUCACCUUUUUUUCUUUGAUAUGUAGGCAGUUCUUGUAGUCCUCUUUCUGUUGGAAAGCAUGUAAUAGUUCAAGACUCCUGCACUCAAGCACCAAGUCCCUCAGGAACUGUGUGCGACUUGUCCUGCCCGGAUAACUACACACUCAAUGGACCUCCAUUCCAACAAUGCGGCGGUCAGGGAGUCUGGUCACCACCAACUCUAGGACCAAUCAGCUGUCAAGGUAAUAAGACUGUAGUCAACCAUAGGGGGUUUCUUGGUGUUGCGGACACCAAUGACGUAAUACAAAAGAUUGAAAAGACACUGAACAAUACCCACACCACAACACAAAAGCUAACCAACAAUAGUUUCCGCAACACCAAGAAACACCCCAACCAUAGCGCAUGAAAGAAUAUAGAAGGAGGGGAAGCGAAAGAGAAAAGGGGUCCUGUUAAACCUAGUGUGGCAGAUAACGGGUCGAAAGUGAGAGAAAUGGUGCAGUAUAUAUUGCAAAAAUCAAAGGCCUCGAAAAUAGUUUGGCUUGAAAGUUGGGUUUGUUUUACACCAGACCAAAGAAAUGAUCAAACCAUUACUGUAACACAGCGGCAGAAUAAACAAAAUCAACGGAAAUCGCAUUGUUUGACGAGCGUUAUAAAAGUCCUUUCUGAACGAGAUUUCAAAUGAGCUGUUUUAUUUAGAGGCUUAAAAAUAUUUUACAAAUAUGUUUCAGUUAAACAUCUUACGAUAUACUUUUUCCUUUAGAUAUUAAUGAGUGCACCCACCAAAAUGGCGGUUGUAGCCACGAGUGUGUUAACGAUGAACCUGGGUAUCACUGCGCAUGCCCAGACCCUUUGGUUCUCUCCGAUGACCAACGCAACUGUAGAGGUUUGUGAUACGUAACGAAGAACGUGAACAUGGUUUUAUUAACUUGACUUAUAGUUAGACUUGAGGUUUAAAACCAAAAGAAUGAACAUUUCAGAUCUGUAUCUUGGCGCUAAAGGACCCCUAAGCAUUUGUUUGUAGCCCUAUUAAACUGUACCAGAAAAAAUCGUGUUGAAGGAGCGAAUUAAGGACCAUCUAUCUUCAUAAGUCCUAGAUGUGUUUCCUUUGUUGCCAAAAGGUGCCUAAAAACUAAGAGAGAAGUCAACAAGGGCAGAUCCAAACAAUGCAUGAGGGGUGGCCGGGACACAUGCCAGGUGUAUAGACACUUUGUAUUUUACUGAGAAUUGUUUUAAGGGGGUAGGUCCCCGUGGCCCCACCCCUAAAUGCACCGAUGUUGAAGUAUUUUUGAAAACAUUCUCUUCACGCAGGGGAGAGAAAAGUGAUUAUUCAUCGUAAAUAUAAAUUAAUUCCCAGCUGUCCAUGUACAAAUCCUAAGCAGCGUAGUGUAGGGCCCAAUUUAUUAUCUGCACUUCGUAGUUAUUAACAAUACAUCUGUUUUGUCAUUCCUCAGCUGUUGGCCUGCUUCUAAACUGUAGCACCCACGCUAUACAAGUUACUGUUCCCAAAACAGCUCUGCGCGACUUACAAGGCGAUUUCCUUAGUCUACUAGACCCCACCUGUAACGUAGUAGAGACACCUACUCACUACAUCUUUGACACUGCAUUGGACAAAUGCGGCACUAAACGCCGUAGCACGCCAAACUUUAUCGCUUACAGUAACAGAAUUGUGGAGAAGAGAGCUUCACCUGGUAGUAUCAUCACACGCGUGGGAAAGGACGAGUUUGAUAUACCGUUCUGUUGUUACUACUUGAACAACGGUAUCACUUCCUCAGUUGGAAUAAAACCGGAAGUAAAACAGCUGUACCUAAACGAGAAAGGGUAAGUGGCGCAGUAUAUAUAACUGGGUCUUCCGUCUCUGUUGGAAUAAAACCGGAAGUGAGCGAAAUGUACCCAAACGAAAACGGACAAUCUAUUACCAGCAGUCUAUGUUUUAGCUUUAAGGAUUUUUCUUUCCCAUCUCUUUUCUCCAUGUUUAAGUGAUGUAUAAUCAUCGACGCACAAGUCUGAACGUAAUUCAAGAUCUCCUGUCGUUCAUCACCUCUUUUAGCAACGAAGUAGAUAGCUGACGCAUUUCAGAAAUCUUGAAAAUCCUCAAAGUGUACAGUCAUCCUUCUUUGAACAGAAGAUAUCUUGGGUAGAAUUUUUUUAGUCAAUUCGUUUCUAUAGCAAAAAAGAUACUUAGUAAUACAAAUUUGGAAGCGUCAAGGAAUAUUAAAAGGAAAGGGCCAUACUUCUGGUUGACGUGUGCAUGCGUCGCUCAAAAACGUUUUUGAUGAAGCUCCCUAAUGGCGUCUACCAGAAAAGCUUGAGUCUAGUACCCUUCAUUAUUAAUAAAAUUUUAACUCAAUCAGAAUCAAUUUUAUUUUUCGCAGUUACGGCCGUUUUUCAGUCCGUAUGGAUUUUUAUCACGAUCAGAACUACCAGAGUAAGUACUCGUGGGAUGAUUUCCCAGUUGAAGUGGCUUACCGUGAGAGGCUUUACUAUGAAGUGUCAAUUGCUACUUUGGAUCAAAGUUUGCAAGUCAUGGCGGCAAAUUGCUGCUCCACACCUACCGCUGACCACGAGAAAGAACAUAGGUUCAGGCAUGAACUGAUACACGAAGGGUGCGUAAAGCUUUUGUUUUUCAUAAAAUCCAAAACUACUCAACAAAAAAAUAAGCAACAAGGGUCGCCUGGAGCCCAUAACCCUGGGGUCGUGAAAUUUGACAGACCAGUCAAUUUAUUUGGCUGCGACGUUUGUGGAAGAAAAGUGCUUUUAGAAUACCUUUGUUGGAUUGUCUUUUGAGAAACAUGUCAAAGUAUAUAACGAGUAUAAUUUUGACGUCACAUACGUAAGCAUGCGCAGUAGCAACGUACCUUGAUGACGUCAAGGCAGUUUACAUCCUCUUAGAGUAUAAAAUGAAAUCUUUGGAACAUUUAUUUAUCCAUUAAAAGUAAUCAAUUUUCCUUUACUCUUUUGGUUUUGAUAUCGUGUUUACCAUACCGGUCCCAGAAUUUAAUUGCAUCAUAGUGCUGGGUAUUUCUCGUCCUUGUCAUAGGCGAAUUCCAAGAAAAUUCCCUUUCCGUUAAAGACACAAAGACAUUUACUCUUGACGCUCGAAACAAAUAGAUUGAAAACCUUGACUUACACCUGACCUAGUCUGAAAUAUCCUACGCCUUUUCCCCCUACCCCCCACCCCACCCCCAACGGGCGUCUCUCUCGCCUUGCCGCCUGUUGGGGGGGGGGGGGGGGGGGGGGGGGUUUCUAAUUACCCUCCCCUUUUCCCCCCCCCCCCCCCCCCCCCCCCCACGGGGCUCCCUCCCCCCUUGCCGCCUGUGGGGGGGGGGGGGGGGGGUUGGACGAUUUCAGACUGACAUUCUCUGACCAUUUCACCAGGUGUCCCACAGAUAGCACGGUCAGAAUGGAAGCAUCCUCGUCUCCGCAAACACAACGUUUCAGCGUAGAGGCCUUCAAAUUCGUCGGAGAUUUCCCGUUCGUGUAUCUUCACUGCAGUGUGGUGGUGUGUCGAGUAAACGAUACCAAUUCCCGCUGUUCCAAGGGAUGCAUUCCGGGAUUACACGUGAACCCGCCGUACAGCGUUAUGGAGAAGCUAAAGGAACAGUCGCAGCACAGGUCAAAGCGCGAGGUGGGGGGUAACGACCCGAGCUAUAUGAUCUCUAAAGGCCCCUUCUCGUUGAAUGAGGACACCCUUUACGAUGGGCCUGUUAUUGAGCUGAAGGGACCUCAACAAGAUCAGUCCAGGCUGGCGGAAAGUGGGGCGGAGAAAGAAAGAAAGGAAGAAGGUAAGAUCUGCCGGCUGAUUGGAACUCACCGAGUUGAAGAAUGAAAUGAAAUGAUUGAAUGAAUGGACAGACGGACGGACGGACGGACGGACGGAUGGAUGAACUCCUCCACAUAUUUGUCAAGUCGCAUUCUUGCUCGCUAGACCGGCUGCAGUGAAAGAUUUCAUAAUUGACAAGAACAAAUUGUCGCGAAAUGUUGUUUUAAAACCGGUUGUAUAUCCCAGAAGGGAGGGGAUCAAUUUUGUUACAUGCGACUUGAAACAACGUUUAACUAGGAUUACAUCGGGAAAAACUUUAAACAAAUUCAUACAAUUAUCCUUUGAAGAGAAAGAAGUAUUGUACCGCAACCUGACUCGCUUCGCUAGAAAGAAUUAUAUGCUGUUUUAAAAGACAAGUUUUACCUCUUAUCCCGCACUGACAAUUACUAUUUUUUAUCUUCAGGGUGGAAUCCACGCGUGACAAACGCUCUCAUGGCGGUUGUUGCAGCGGCAAGCGUACUUGCUCUCGCGGGCGUGAUACACAUCACGCGUGUGGUGAAGCGUGGACGAGGAUACAAGAUGGUCAACCAGUGAUAAACAACCAAAUGGAACACUUAAUCAAUAACAAUAUUUUUUUCUGUAAUACUCAUGUUACCUUGACAGAAAGACAACUAUGUGAACCUGACUUGUAAUUUUGGUAAUUGGUAUGAGAAAAGUGAAACUACCCCGUUCUUUUUUCAGUGACAACCCACUGACACUGUACAUCCUUCUUACUUUGCAAUUUGUUUUUUGUUUUCUGUUGACUGAUAAUCCCUCUCCAUUCAAACCAUAAACCCUGUGUAGUUUAAUGUUUCAAUUUAAUUUUUUUCUUUUUGCAUUGGAACAAAAAAAAACAUACGUAAUGUGUAGAAGUCUUUUAUUUUGGGACUUUUAUGCGUAAUAAUUGUUUUUUGUUUCUGUUCCUAUUUUGCGAGUAACAAGGCAAAUUACUAGGUUGCCAACAAGAGAGGACGUCGUUUAAUGACCCAAUAAAGUCAUUUUCAUUAUUUUCAGAAACAUAAGGCCUGAAUUGCAUUUUGUCUUACUCAAAUCAAGUGAUUGAAAGUUCGUUUCACGCUCACUUGGUUUAUGAUUUAAUUUAAAAGCGGUAUCUUAAAAACAUCAAAAAACAAGAACAUGCACUUAGAAUUACAACUCAGAAACUUUUAAUGCCGGAAUGAUCACACCCCGAUAGGUUUUGGCAGAGGCUUUACCAACAUUACAUAAAAAGAUACCCAAGCUAAUACGGACAAGAUUGCAUGAGCCCUGCCCGUUAAGCACUAGCUGGGAAGCAGAUCCAGUGUUAUAUAACUUGGAUGCAAUCCGGACCCGUUGCAUAUUCGAGUUAAAAGAUAGGCUGAAAACUGAAAGGCGUUGGUCACGGUUAAACAAAAGAAAGGCUGAACUCAUGGUUAUUUCAGAAAGAUACCCAGCUAAUACGAGGAAAGAUUGUAUGAUCCCUGCUCGUUAGGCAUUAGCCGGGAAGCGGAUCCAACGUUAUAUAAUUUGGAUCUCAUCCGGACCCGUUGCAUACUCAAGUCGAGUUAAAGAUAGGCUGCAAAUCGAAAGGCGUUGGCCGCGGUUGAAAGAAAAGAAAGGCUGAACUCGUCGUUAUUAAAAAAGAUACCCAACUAAUACAAGGAAACAUUGCAUGAUCCCUGCCCGUUAGCCAUUAGCCGGGAAGCGGAUUCAACGCCAAUCCAGACCAGUUGCAUGCUUAAGUCGAGUUAAAGACAGGCUGAAAAUUGAAAGGCGUUGGCCACGAUUAAAGGAAAGGAAAGGCUGAAAUCGUCAUUAAUACGAGGAAAGAUUGCAUUAAUCCUCGUUCCCGGGGUUCUGUCCUACCCACCCAGAGAGAACCUAAGAGCGAGGUUGAGAAUGCAUGAGCCUUGUCCGUUGAGCUAAGGCGGGGAAGCAGAUUCAACGUUUAAUAAACCGGAUCCAUUAUUAUACAGGUCCCUUUGCAUGUUUAAGUCGAGUUUUACUUAAAUCCGGAUUGAAAGUUGACAUUUAAAACCCUGGGCCCUUGACAAAUAAUUACACAAGGGUAAUCUUUAUUUACCAUUAACUUAAAGCCAUCACUUAGUAGAUUUUGCGGCAGCAAUAUUAAAUACAUACUUACAUACAUACCACAAUAUUCACUGAAAACGUUUCUUUGAACAAUGCAGACGGCAUUUAGACUGACGCAUAUUUCACAUAUCAUAUCAUUUCUCUCAAAUCAUUUCCAACAAUUUCCGAAUAAGCGAAGAAGGGAAAAAAAGAGAACAAAAGAAAAAGCAGCAAGUGAACAGUAAUUUCUUUCAUACCUUCAAAGGAAUUUUUAUAGUGCCUUGUAUUUUAAUAUGUUUACAUAAGUUUGAGUUCUCUUUCAAAAUUGUGUACUCAGUACAGAAUUUUAAAGCCUUUGAAAACCUCCUCAAUAUUCCGGGGUUUUUGUGUAUAAUAUCUGGGUCUAACGUGGGAGGUCAUUGUUAUGUUAAUCUCGUUCGCAGUUUAAUGAUCUUUACCAAAAUUCCUUUAAAGUCCCAAAGUUUGUUGACGUUAGUUUAGGUUUUGUUGGGUGGGAAAGAGUUUUUAUCUUUCCCGGUCUCAAAACAAAAACAUGUUUCGUUCAAGUCUUCUUCUACUCCUUUGCCUGUUGGGUCAUUUAACUGCAACCCAACGUAAGUAUACCCUUUAAGUUUUAUGAUUGAUUCGAAAUGGUGCUUUUUUGGGCUCGCAAACACGAAUUUUGUGGAAUGAUUAAGGUGACCAUUUUAUCACGAAUUCAUGCAUCUUGGCACCCUAAUGUAUAUAACUCUUGAGUCUCAAUUUAUUCUUUAAAUCAGGGAACGUUAAAAUUAGUAUCUGAUGCGAUCGGACUGAUGCGAGACCAGGAGCUUAUGACAGGGAAAAACUAAGAAUAAAAUAAAUAGCAAGGCAGGAAUGUUGAUGGCAUGUAAUUGUCAUUUUGCUGCAAUUCUGCACCUUGCUUUUCUACAAAAGAGACUUUCAGUUCUACUAACGAGGAUAGGAUCACGAACGCCUUCAAAGCCGAAAAUAAUGAGUGAAUUUCGAUCACGGUUUUUUUUUAACGAAGACACAUUUUCAGUUUAAUACUCAUUAAAAGUACCUAUUAGAAAUAUUAAUAUUGAAGGAAAGAGGGCGUCGAGAAAAUUUGCUUUUAGAUACUUUUUGGCAUGCUUCUCGCUAGUAAAAAUAUAUAUGGCUAGGAGCCGAUACAAUCGGCUCCUGAUAUGCCUUUUUUACUAUUCUAAUGAUAAGUUAUUCCGGUGCAGAGUUUACUUUUCGCUAAGUAACUCAGCUAUGCCGAAAGAUGUUUUUCUUUAUUUUUUUAUUGGGAAAAAUGCAUGCCAUGAUUUUCAUUUCUGUUGUUUCCGAAUUGAUCUUUUGUCCCCAAGUUGGACAUUGUAGUCUUUAUUAAGAAACAAACCUGCUAGUUUUAAAGUCAUGAUGGAAAUAAUUCAGCGACAUUAAACAAUUCCAUUAAAAGUGUCAUUAGAAAAAAAGGAAAAUAAAUAUUAUACUUCUCAGUACUGACAUGAACCAUAUCACUUCACUUCAAAAAUUGUUCGUCACUGAUCAAGGAAUGUAGAAAAAUGCAACGUUCUUGCUAUCCAAUGCUCUGAAAUGCCGACAACUGAGGUUUUAUUCAGAUGCCAGGGGGGUUAUUUACAACUUUUUCAUAGGGGGCCCUGAGUCAGCAUCUGUGAGAUACAGGAGCAAUGGUUUAUUGGGAAGUUGUCCGGUGACCUUAAUACACAGGGUGACCGCUUUAUACAGGGCCUUUAUAUAAAAGUUUGACUAUGCCAUGUUCUCGGACUCGAUGGGUGAGGGGUGGGGAGGAAAGCAUCCGAGUCCCCCCCAAAACUGUCAACUUCAAUAGGGCUUUGUCUAGAGCUUGUAUACAAGCUUGAUGCAGCUGAACAUUUCACAGCCAGGAUUACUUUACUAAGUCCUACUUCCCCAGGACUAUUAGAGUUUGGAAUAGUCUCAUUCUGUUAAGCAUGCUACUAGAGCUCAACAGUUAAAAAGUUUUCUACAUGCUCACUAUAAGGCCAGGCUGAGUUCGUAUCGGUCGCCAUAGUUACGCCUGUAGCACAUUCUUAUAGCGCACACCCUUUGUUUCGUUCGAUUUUAGCAUAAUAUUGUCUUAUAGUUUUAGAUAUCGUGGGGGUUGAAAUUCAAUUGGGGGUCUUAUAGUGUUUUCAUCUCCUGUCAGCGUGCUGCUGUUUGUAUGUAAUCUCCCGGUUUUGUAAUUUAUUCAGAUUUUUAAGACAGUGCACUUGAAAAUGUUAAACUUCUAAACUAGGUAUACAAAAGGGGUACCAUUUGUCACUAGAAGGUAUACAAGGGGGGUACCCUUUUCUGUCUGGGUUAGGGAACGGGACCUUGGGGCGGAGCCUUCCUAUAUAAACCCUUUUUUUAGUACUUCCCCACCCCCCGCGCAGGUUUGAAACACUCAUGGCUUCUGCAAGGACUCAUAACCCUGCUUCUGUAAAAUGCUCUAUUCUGUUUCUCUGUCAAGUUAUUUAAAUUAUAUUAUCUUCAAUUUUAACUCUGCAGACAUAAAUGAAUGUGACAUUAACAAUGGCUUCUGUAGUCACAUCUGUGAGAAUACCGUGGGAAGUUACAAAUGUAGAUGCCCCAAACCGCUCUACUUGGAUCCAACAGAUCAGAGAACUUGUAGAGGUAAGUAAUGAGGGAAAUGACCCACAUUUCGUAUUACAUCAAGAGCUUACGUCACCAGCAUAUUACUGUUUUAGGUCAAUUCUUUGCUCAAGUCAGAUGAUCAGAUCAUUAUACGUUUCUGGGAAACUGCCCACCUACCCCUCCCCUAAGCCAAUAUUAAAACUUACUUUUCACUUAGGGCAAAAUGUUGGCUUAGGGGAGGGGCACCCACAAAAUGGUCCUGGGGCCCGUUUCUCGAAAGUCCCGGCAACUUUUUGGCCCCAAAAGCAAAUUUUAAAAUCCAAACCUGUUGAAUAGUAGUACAGUUCCUAGCCCACAAACUAGUCAAUUUUGCUUCGUUAGCUUCCAGUUUUGUUGCAUUUUUUUUUCAAAAUUAUUGACACUUUGAUCUCGAAUGUAAACACAACAAACACAAAACAGCUUUCCGGGCCCAAAUUUCACCUGGGAACACUAACCAUAAUAUAUUUAUUUGGUGAUAGUUGCAGACAAAGCGUGAAAUUUGACAAAGUUGGCCCGGGUUCUAGCAGAAAACAGGCUUUUACCGUUGCUUUUCGGGGGAGGGGUAGGGUGGGCGGAGUUGAGUACCUAUUCUUCUUAGUCUCUAGCUUCAUAAUAUAGAGCUUUCAGGGCAAAGCUCAGUUGCACUGAGCUCGUUAAAUUUGGGUAAGAAAAAUCGACAGGCCUGAAUCUUUGCGAGUUUUUACAAAAGUGUUUUUUAUAUAUCGAAAGCUCAUGGUGUCCAGCUCACUUGCAAUCCAAACCACAUGGAAAUUGUUCUUCCCAAAAACCUCAUCCACAACCUUGGAGACGAGCAUUUGAGUCUUCUGGACCCCACGUGCAGAGCUAAUGGCAACGCCACCCACUACAGUCUGUCUACUAAUGUGACAGGGUGUGGAACGCGGUCUCACGUGUACAAAAACUUCAUCGUCUACACCAAUAGGGUGCUGGAAUCACCCAAUGAGGAUUCUGACGUCAUCACCCACGUGGGAAAAAAUGAGAUCAAGGUACUUGAACAUAGAAACCUGAUAAAUAGCAAACUAAUUAAGAGUAACUGGGUGAACUCGUCAUUUUCAAAAGUGGCGGAGGUGUUUAGCGAAGCUUCGGAUAGUAAAAGGGCGAAUGGUAGCAGCCCUCAAGGUACUGAGUCAAAAGGUCUUUAAAAGAAUUAUUUGUCAUUUUACUAAACCUAUGUGCUCUUCGCCACUUAGAGGAACCAUGACUGAUCACAAUCUAGAAUUGGCUCACACUACCCAUCAUAUUUCGCAUCACUUUUGACAUGUUUAAAGUGGUAAUGUUUGGUGUUAUUUCUAAAUCAUAGUUGCAUGAACUGUUAUUCCUGAGGAGUCAUUCACCCCCACCAAACUAAGGACUUCCACUACUUCUAAACAGCCUUUCAACCUUCCGAAGAUUAGCGUCAUCAUCUUUCGUAUUGAAUACCCUUAACUUCGUGCGCGAAAAAUUAUGAAGAAAACUUUCGUUCAUGGUCGUACCGAGUUGAAAAUUACUUUUGCGUCCUUUUCUUUAUCAAGGUACCCUUCAGCUGUUAUUUCAAUGACCUGGAAAUCGUCAGCGCCGUUGGAUUCAAGCCUGUGGCUCAAAAGAUUCAUGUCUACGUCAAGGGCCGUGGAAACUACGCGCUCAGUCUGGACAUCUUCAAAGAUAAGACUUAUGGGGAGGGGGGCAGCAGAGCAGUCAUAUCAGGAUCCCCCAAAUACACGGAGGCAGACUUUCCGGUCAGCGUGCAUCUGCGUGAGAGACUGUAUGUGCAAGCGUCUCUGGACACGCGUGAGACGGACCUCAAGAUAUUCGCGUCUAAUUGCUGUUCCACGCCUAUGCAGGAUCACGAGGCCACAAUGAAAUUCAGGCACACUUUGAUCACGGAGGGGUAAGCAAAGAGAGUUACCAAUAUUACUUUUCCAUUCAUUCUAAGAGUGCCAUAAACCUUCUCAAAAUUUAAGAGGGAAUUCACGGAACUCUAUCACAUUGCUUAAUUAAUUUUGGGUAAGAGACCAUUGUUGGGAGGUUUCAUACAUGUUAUGCCUUUUCUGUAAUCACCAAACAAGCCUCUUGUUAUGGCCGCAAUAAAUCUUGGGCGUUUGCCGCCAUUAUUGAAGCCAGAAAUAUGCGACGCUCAUUGCUUCGCUGUGACUGGUUAUUAUUCGACGCGUGAAAAAAAAGGGCUUUUUUAAGUUUAGGUCGACUCGAAGGAUUGGUAUGAGAGAUAAAGGUUCCUUUUGAGUGAAAGCAUUACAUUUUUCACACACGUUGGGGGGCUACUGGUCAAGUUGCAAAGCGUCAAGAAUCUUCUUAGUUAUCAGUAAAUUCAGAUGGGUUUACCUUACAAUAAAGAUCUUUAAGAAGUUAUUUAGGGCGACAAGAUGAGCCCGCAAUCCUAAUCUCCUGGUUGUUUUUACGCAUGCGUCGCACGUAUGUAGCCAGCAUUCGUUUGGGCUUCCACUAAGAAUGUAUGGAAUGUACAGAACGCACUUUGAUCACGCGCGUUUGGACCUUCUACCACUCGUAAUCUGAUCACGCGUGUUUUGACCAUCUGUCACGUGAAACUUACGCAAACCACAGCGCUGGAGCAAAAGCGUUUCGAACUUCGAUCGUUGUCUCCCGCACUCUGUAACCUCUGGUUAUCACUAGUAAGGUAUAACCAUAGGCUUUGCGCUUUUUUCUUUUCAGUUGCCCGGUGGAUCCCAGUGUUCAGUUCCACAACUCUUCUGAUCCAACCAAAAUUCGAUUCAGUUUCGAGGCAUUCAAGUUCCUUGGUGACCAUGACUAUGUCUUUAUACACUGUCGAGUUCACGUCUGUGACGUCAACGACCCCAACUCCCGCUGUGCAAAAGGAUGCAUGAAAGGUAACAACUCUGUGUCACAAGACCAAGGUAAGAAACCUGCGGUACAGUCAAAUGGCAAACGCGUAGACAAGACAAAGGUCUCGGAGAAGCGCACAGGGCAACCAUUAGCUGUACAAGAACAGAAAACAGAUACAAAGCUUCACGUUGCUGCAAAGAGGACUAUUAGUAAGCCUGUGGCUGAGUCAAAACCUAAGCGCGGGAAGGUACCGGUACAGAAGUCUUCGCCCAGUAAAAUAAAGCUUCAUACUGCUGCAAAGAAGACUAUUGGUAAGCCUGUGGUGGAAUCAAAACCUAAGCGCGGGAAGGCACCGUUACACAAGUCUUCGCCCAGUAAAAUAAAUCUCCAUGACAACGCUGAGAAGAGCAUUAAGUCAGCAACGCACCAUAUCAUGAGACGAUUCGCAGGCUUAUCCCGAAAGAAAGGUGUGCUAGGGUCAGCGGAUGUGAGUAAAGGACCGUUCAUUUUCGAGGCUAAGCCAAGCAAACAUCUCAAGCGAGGAAAAAAACCAGGAAAUUCUCGAAAGGUGUUUGAUGCUGGUAAAGGGAAGAGUAUCCGCCAGGAUGCUAAAAGAGGAAAUCGUAAGUUUCACUUUGGGUUGGGGUUUGAAGAAGGAAAUGUGAUACUCAAUAUUCUUUGUUUUGGCCAAGUUCUCGCAACGAUGCUGAACACUAGCGUGUAAAUUACUUGUAAAUGGUAAAACACAGAUUCAUAAUAAACGCCUCCUUACUAGCUUACAGAGAUCUAAACACAUUUUGAAAGAAAAUUUAUCAAAAACGUCGGUCUCCGACCGAUCACGAAUAAAACCCCGAAGGCGAGGGAGAAACGACCCUUUGGAAUGAAUAAAGGGUACAUUACGUCCAAUGAAAGAAACCAUAAGAUACAUGAUGAAUAGCCCACGUCCGAUAUAUUAAAAUUCUAACAUGACUCCGAGGCUUUCUGUUCAUUUUUCUAAUUUGGUUUGGUUUUCUUUGUGCUCAAGUCUUUUUUGGGAAUUGCGAGACAAUGGAGUCUUGAAAAAUUUGCAAUUUUCACCCUAAAGCCUCGAAGUCAUGUUAGAAUUUUAAUAUAUCGACCGUGGGCUAUUUAUUCAAGUUUUUAAAUCACCUCAAGAAAUUGAUCCGGAUUUCGGAAUCUGGGAAAAUCCGGAAUAUUGGGCUUUGGAAUCUGGAAUACAGCUCAAGAAAUCGCACUAACGAGUCCAGGUUCCACUGACAAAAACUGGAAUCCAGUACCUGGAAUCCGGAAUCCACUAUGUAGAAUCCAGAAUUCCAUUACAUGGGACGAUUUUAAAGGGAAGUGCGCAGAACUGGCCCAAACUAAUCUGUAUUUCAGAUUGACAAUUUUGUUUGUCUUUCUUUCAGGGUCAGAGGCAGCUCCAAGCGCAAUCAAUAUUCUUCUUGUGGCAAUGACCGUGGCCUCCAUCAUGGCGUUGAUAGGGGUUGUGUAUCUUGGUCGAAAGGCGAUAAAAACCGUUCAUAGUCCAUACAAUUAUGACCCUGUACUAGUCAAUUAAAAAAGUUCCUUCAUUGUUAGCUUCACCUUUUCUUUGUCAGACAGGGAUAAAAAUUGGCCACUACCGAGUUUCCCUAAGCCUCUGUUUCAAAGCGAGGGUAGGUGUGAAGCCAUUGAUAGAGGGGAGGCAAGCUUAGUUUCGUGAAGCCGUGUUCGACCAUUUUUGGUGUCUGUGAAUCGUGAUGUACUGAAGAACUGUUUUGUGAAUCGUGUUUUAAAUGCACUUCGUGAAACGUGGACUGCCAAAAUCCUCUUUACUGAACACGUACUUCGAAGAUAAAUUGAAGAAAUUUAAUCAAUAAUUUAGCCACACGAGCAUCUGGCGGCUUGAUUUAAUUUCACUUUUGAGUCUUUUGAUGUAAAUUCUCACUUCAGAGCGCUCAGACUCACCUACAGCUGGCUUCCCUAGGGAAUUUAUAACCACGCAGAGAUCACCCAAACACUUGGCAGAGAUCAAAUACACUAUUUGUUUAGUGACUCGAGAAACGCAAAAUUGUUGUUAGUGAACCCGUGACGAGAACCCAACCCCCCCCCCCCCCCCCCCCCCCCCCUGUCCCCCCCUUGAUCUGGGAAAGGGAUUUUUUUUCCUUUGUAAAUAAACUCUUUUUUUCACCAAAGAAUUUUUUAUUAACCCCUCUCUUUAAUUUGGUGGUUUUUAGAACUAAGGAGGCACUUUCUUUGAAACAAUGUUAUAUUAAUAUUGUAAUUUUUUAAAAAACAAUUUUGUUUUUGUCCCAAAAAAACGCAAAAUUUUGUUUUGUCCCCCCCCGACCCACCCCCCCCCCCCCCCCCCCCCCCCCCGACCCCUCCCGUUGCUCCCCUCUUGAUACGGAAAUGAGUUUUUUGUCUCAUGUAAAUGAAACUCAUUUUCACACGAACAGUUUUGAACUAAGCCUCGUUUUGAAAGUGAGAGUUAUUGGAACUAGGAAUGGCCUUUCUUCAAAGCAAUUUCAACUUAAAAUUGAACGUCUUCCAUCAAGGUAGAGGUUAGCUUAAAUUCGAGGUUUUUUGUAACUGUUUAUAGAAAAUGCUAAAGAGGUAAUCUUCAUUCAAGUAUGUGUACCACUGAAGACAAAUGGACUGUUUUAAGAGCAGUUUCUUGAUGACUCUUCCUUAAAUGUUAGUGGGCCGUCAUUGAAGCUAAAAGUAAUUCUUAGUUUGCUCGAGAAAAAAAAGUAGGUUUAACGUUAGUUUAGUGGAGUUUUGAAAUAUUGUGUACUUGGCGUUAGCUAGUUGCUAUACUGCAAAGAGAUCUUUUCAAUCAGGUUGACUAUGGCACACUAAAGUUACACUGGCCUAUCACACUUGACAGGCAAUUCAGUUGGUUCAUUGCCAAUUUCAUUGCCAGAACCUGCAACAUGUCCAGUCCGAGGGCGGGAAAAUUCUGGCGCGCACGCCAGUUUGUUUACCGCUGAUUAGUUAAGAGAGUGGGAGGAGAUAUUUCAGCCAAUCACAUAGUAGCGGACUGUCGAAAACCAAAUUUACUGCAAAUUUAAGUUAGAUGCAUACCUAAGAAAACCACUUUUUUGUGAGACUUUAGUUACAAUGUUAAUUUAGCCCCCCAAAAUUGGCUGCUUUAAAGCAUUAAUACUAUACAUAGUAUGACUCCUCCUCCUCCCUUUCAAUAAGUACGACGAAAGUCGCCGAGACUCCGCUCUUUUGUACCACAGUAGCGAUUAGGUUGUGUAUUCAGGAAAGGGUUUUUUUGCCACCA